ACCUGUGAUGUUGUUUCUUUUUUUUUUUCUUUUGGCUCCUACCUGCUAAAAAACUGCCACUGUGAUGGUAAAUUGCCCCUGUGAUGCUUGAUCAUAAACUUCCCCUGUGAUGUUUCUAUUUUUUCUUCAUUAUUCUUGUGGUUAUUUGCUCCUAUUGAUGGUAUUGUUUCUUGUUUGUAUUCAUAAAUUCCCCUGCUUCUUUUGAUUCAACAUUAGGUUGAAAUUUAAGAGUUUAAUUCAUUCCUUAUCAUGAUGUAAUAUAGGUAAUGGACACUGUCAAUGUUCAUGAUGUGGGUAUUGAUACACCCACAAUGAAAGUUACAAAUAGGUUUCAUUGGGAUCCUCAUACAUUCAAGAUAUUUAUUGAGGAAUGUAUGACCAAGCUAAAAAACGGGAAUAGACAGGGUGCUUAUUUCAAACAGCCUGCGUGCCAAAAUACAUGUAAGAGGCUUUUGGAACGAACAUGUAUAGAUUUGGAUAGAAAUCAAAUGAAAAACAAAUGGGACAUUAUGCGGAAAGAGCUCAAAUAUUAUGACCAUUUAACAAGACUAGAAACGGGAAUUUCAACUAAUCCCAUGAGAAAUAUAAUCUCAGCAUCAAAGGAAUGGUGGGAUGAGAAAAUAAAGGAAGAUAAAGAGUAUGCUAAGUUUAAGGAUAAGAAUUUGGAUGUAUAUCAGGCAUAUUACGAGGCUUUAUUUCGGGAUACCGUAGUUGUUGGAGACAAGGCUAAGGUACCUUGCGAAUUUUGCAACAAUAGCACUCCGGAUGAUGUACAGUUUGUGGAUAUUACAGAUGGAAGAGUGGAUACUGACGAAGUCCACUUAUUUGAAGAUGUUGAUCCUGUUCUCACAUAUGAUAGUUCUAGUAUGAAAUGGAGGGGAAAGAAGUUAACUCCCAUGCAUGACAACAAAAGAAAAUUUGAAGGGAAAAUGAAGGAAAAAGUUAUAUUCAUUGCCAAUGACUGUGAAAGUGACAAUUCAUAUGAUAGUGAUGAAAAUGAAGAGAUUCAAGCACUUCUUUUAUGUGGGAUUGCUGUCAAAGGGUUACUAUUGACUCAUAAAAAUAUAUUACAAGUCCCGGUUUUCAACAUGUUAUGUAGAGAUCUUGUUGCACGUUAUGGGUUAAUGAAAUCAUGUCGAGUAUCUAUUGAAGAGUCCCUUAGUAUUUUCUUGUUGUACUUAGCGCAUGGAUGUGGAAAUCGGUUGGUUCAAGAGUCCUUUAAUCAUUCUGGGGAAACAAUCCAUAUAAUUUUUCAUAAAGUCUUGGAUGUUGUGGUUAACCUAAGUAAGGACAUCAUCAAACCAGAUGCUAACUACAACAAAACUAUACUAGAACAUAUUUUAAAUAACCCUCGGUAUUAUCCAUUAUUCAAGGAUUGUAUUGGUGCCAUCGAUGGAACACACGUGGAGGCCUCUGUUCCGCAAUGUGACCAAAUCAAAUACAUUGGACGAAAGAAUUGUGUUACUUAA